GUUUCUGAUUCUUUUAGCUCCGCCUGGUUGUACAGAGUUGAUUCUCGCGAGAAGUAGCCGCGGCGUAGGAUUCCUCGUGACUGGGCCGAGGAGGUUACAAUGGAGUAAAUAAUACAACGUAGCUACAUUUCAGAUGCCCCGUCAAUAAAUCUGAUUUUAAGCAAGAAGUUGACAUGGGUUUGUCUGCAUCUUCUCCAUCGAGUGCAGUCCAAGCAAAUAUAUCAGAACAGCCUCAGACCGCACCUUCAGAAUGUCCCAUGCACCAAAAGAAAAUGGAAGAUUGUCCAAUGCAUAAUAAACCAGCUGACAUUCUUGAUGUGAAUCAGAACUCGCCUGUUCCUGCACAUCAACAAAGAGCUUAUGAAUAUGUAGAGUGUCCUGUUAAAUCUCAAGCACAUGAGAAGAUUGAUCCUAGCAAUAUGAUGCCACCUCCUAAUCAGCUCCCAUCCCCUGAUCAACCAUUCACAUUGUCUACCAUGAGAGAAGAGUCAUCUAUUCCUAGAGCAGCUUCUGAACAAAAAUGGGUUUAUCCCUCAGAACAGAUGUUUUGGAAUGCAAUGCUUAGAAAAGGAUGGAGGUGGAAAGAUGAUGACAUAAAACCUGAAGAUAUGACUAAUAUAAUCAAGAUUCAUAAUCAGAAUAAUGAGCAGACCUGGAAGGAAAUUUUAAAAUGGGAAGCGCUUCAUGCCAGGGAGUGUCCAUGUGGGCCAACUCUUAUUAGCUUUGGUGGUAAAGCUAAGGAGUACUCGCCAAGAGCUAGAAUGAGAUCGUGGAUGGGCUAUGAACUACCUUUUGAUAGACACGAUUGGAUUGUUAACCGCUGUGGAAAGGAAGUCCGAUAUGUCAUUGACUAUUACGAUGGAGGAGAAGUAGAUAAGAACUAUCAGUUUACCAUUAUGGAUGUCCGUCCAGCUUUUGAUUCCCUGUCUGCUGUGUGGGACAGGAUGAAAGUGGCUUGGUGGCGCUGGACUUCAUAACAAAAUUGGCACAGUAUGAACAAUUAUCAGAACCGUAUUAUGAUAAAAUAAUGUUGCACUGACUUUGGACUUUAAUAAAGGUUAUGGUGACUGGACAUUUAUUUAAUAGCAUUCUAUUUGCUACUGGGGGACAAACUGUGUUUCUUUUUUAAAAAAUCCCCACCUGUGUUUACCUCUUGGUCAUGCUCUUCCAAAACUGGAAAACUUUAUGGCAACCUAUGCUCAAUAAGGAAUAUAGAAGGCACUCAACUUGUGAGUGGAGCAUCACUGUUAUGAAUGGGAGUAGCUGUUACGAGAUAUUAUAAAUCUUGUCAGAAGAACAAUUGCACCUUUUAAAAGUAGUUUAUUUAAAAAUAUCUUGAGGACAAGAGUGUGUAUGUUUUGAAAUUAUGCUUUCUGUUGUAAAAAAUAGGAAAGAAAAUGGUGUUUUAAAAGUCCUUUAAAAUCCACAUUUUGACAUCCUUUUUGAGUGACAUAUACUAAAGUCCCCAUAGAUUUUAUCCCAUGCUGACCUUACACAUUCAUAAAGUAACCAUGUUUCAUGCACAAACACUUGUUGCAUAGCUGACUGACUUAACAAGCCGUCAAAAAUCAUACAAGUCAACAGCUUUCUCAUCCUGCUUUUUGAGCCCAUGUAAUAAGUUAAAAUUAACAUAGAGUUUGGCUAAUUAAGUUGCUCUUCUGAAAAAAAUUGCUCAUGUUUUGAACUAUGUGCCCCUAGAUUGGGCUGUGCUACUUGCCCCUUUAAGUAGAAAGAUGUCUUAAUACAUAUCAAUGCGAAAGCUACUUAUGCAAUGUAAAAAUGUAUUUUUAAUUAGAUUUUCAUAGGAACUGCAUUUAAUUUUUUCAAAAGGCAAAGCAUUUUUGUUUUAGUUUGAAGACUGUUAGGCAAGAAUUUUAUUUCCCAAUGGUGACAAAAUUUGCUACUAAAUUCAAGCCUAUAUGUACAUCAGCGUUUUUAUUAUUUCGGCUUGUGUUGGAAAAAUAGCAACUGCUUCCAGGUAACGUGUGAAUGGUAAGCUGCAUAUGUGUACCUGUACCAUCUCCUUGUUCAUAUAGCUAUAGACAUGCCACUAUGUCGAGCAUCUAUAUAGCUGAGUUGGUAAUCAGUAUAUACCUGUGCUGCUGUUUGUAUGUAGGGAAGCAUAGUACAUUGUUACAAUGACUGAACACUUAAUCUGUUCUUACCUUCACUCCUGGCUUUAACAGGACAGAGCACAAAGGCAGAAAGCAAGGUGAACGGAGAUGGUAUUGAGGGAUUCACCUUAUUUGUAAGACUAUUGUACAUGAACCAUUGCCUGUUCACAUGUCUUUUGAGAAUACUUCUUCAAAUAAGUCUUUGGGGGGGGAAGCAAUUCGUUACAUAAAAAAUAACAAUAUAGUAACAUUUGGAAAGAAGUUUUGGGGGAACAAGCAUAAAAUUGUAUAUCUGCUAGUGAAGCAAUCAUUAAUAUAAUGUUGAUUAGGAGAUCAAAUAAUGUUGAGAGAUUUAUCUAUUCAGCAUGAUUCACAAUAGAUUUGCUAAACCAAUCUUUAACUAUGACUCUGAAAAUCUUUACAAGGUAGCUAUAAAACAAGUAAUAGAUGUAUAAAAAUAAUUCUACCUCUUUACAUUAUGGAUGUUGCAUCUGACUGAUAUCCAAGGACUAUUAGCAUGUUUGCAAAAUGCGCUUGCUAUAUGAGUUUCCAGUGUUCUAAUGUGUGUGUCCAUUGUAUAUAUAGAUAAUUUCAGUUACCUGACAACUGUACUUCAUAGGUGUGACUUUGGUUUUAUUAAACUAUUUUUGCUUUA